CGCACUGUAAAUCACCAAAGCUGUAAUAUCGCCGAGGCUUGUUUUUUAGUACGCAGCAGGCGCUCAACAGCGAUGGAUUGAUGGAUUUGUAAUUCACAGGGAUACACGAAUAGAAAUGUACGACUUCUUCCAACGCUAAAGCAUUAGGAACGGAAAAGAAAGGAGUGGUAAUAAAAGCAUCGCAAGCCACACUGUGCACUUCUAAGAGCAGAUGCAGGGCCAAAUGUCUUCCAAUAACAACAUCAUGUCCAAGAAUAUCCGGACGGAGUACAUGAAGAAGUUCAGAGAUCCCAAAUGGGAGACGUUCUCGAAAAGUUAUGAGGACUCUGUGAAGUACAGACUGACGCGGAGGCUGAUGGAGCAGACACACAGACCGUUAUUCGGGGACAGAUGGGAAAGUGGGUCUGACUCGAGCGGAAGGUCCAGUCCCAAACUGAAAGACGGGAACCACUUGAAUGCCAGACACUACACAUCCUCAUCAGAGUCCAGGAACGAGAACGCAGAGGUCCUGGACUUCUGGAAGCCACAGGUGAAUGGAGAAGUUCACACAGAUACGAGUUCAGCCGGGGAAAGCGCUCUUCCCUUGGAAAAUGGUUAUAAAGAUAUAAAGAACGGACCAUCAGAAUCAAAUCUAAAACGGCGACAGAGACACCGGGCGCCCCGUUCAGAGCCCUGCUAUCCUGAUAAAGAGCUGGAUAGUGAUGAAUCUCAGCUAUCUCUAUCAAGAAAACCAUCCAGGACCAAGAGCCAACCACCGGGCAGCAAGGAGCGGAUGUCCAACCGUGAGAACAGACGGUCUUUCCAUCAUGACUGGGCAGAGAGGCACAUUGAGACCAGGGACAGAAGGACACCAAAUAUGAGAGUGUCUGUGUCCGCUGGAGAGAUACAUCGGGCAGACGUGGGUGUCCAGACAAGAAGAGAGGUCAAAAAAGGUGGACGAUCAUCAGAGCGCCGGCGGGCGAGAUCAGCUGACCUGGAGAAGUCCAGAAGAUCAGCCCUGAGUGUGACGGACGAGCGCUGGACGACUGAGUACAUGAGCUGCUUCUCUGCUCGACUGAGGUAGAGCCAGUUUAUAUCACUGAUGACGCCGCAAGAAAAGGAUCCAACAACU